AUGAGCAGUCAGCUAGAGAAAGCCAUCGAGGGCCUCAUCACGGUCUUUCACUCGUACUCGUCUAAAGAGGGUGACAAGCACAAGCUGAGCAAGGCCGAGCUCAAGACGCUCCUGCAGGAAGAACUCACAGACUUCAUUGCCGGCUGCAGCGACGCGUCCGCCGUGGACAAGAUUAUGACAGACUUGGAUGAGAACGGCGACCAGCAGCUGGACUUUCAGGAGUUUGUGGUUCUGGUGGCAGCGCUUACUGUGGCCUGUAAUGAAUUCUUUGAAGGCUCCUGCCAAAAAUAA